CCAAAGGACAAACCCAUGGGACUCCCUGCCACUGGGUGCCCUGGUGCCGGAGAAUCGGCAGCUCCCAGACCAGCCCCAGUAGGAAACCUCUGGUGUAUUUCUGCAGGGGGGCUCCUGCCUCAGUUUCCCCAGCACAGCUGCCUCGCUGCACAGGGGAGCCUGGAUUUCUGAGAGCAGCGACAGAUGGGCCAAUAGCGUUAGCUCUCAGCCUGAAGAAGCCAGCUGGUGCCCAGAUGGGGAAACUGAGGCACAGAGGUGGACAUGCUGCAUCCGAGGUGCACAGAGGGUAUGUGGAAGAACAAGAAUUCGAACCCAGGACUCCUGAGUCCCGGCCAUUAAUCACUAGACACCGUUCCCUGCCACCCGGGACAGCCACGAAGACUUUCCUCAUCCACUGGCUGCACUUUCCCAUUCUGUUCAUAGGAAAAGUGCAGUCAGCACCAGACGUGGUAGCUCGUUUCGGGGGAGACGUCACCCUGAGCUGCCUCUUCCCGUCCCAGCCUGGGAUGAACCUCCAGCAUCUGACCCUCACCUGGCAGAAGGAGCGGGCGGGGGCAGAGGCCCUGGUGGUUCAUAGUUAUUAUUACGGGAGGGAGCAGCUGGAGAAACAGGACGAGGCUUAUAGGAACCGGACCCGGCUGGAUCCAGAGGGGCUGGCCAGGGGCGAUGCGUCCCUGACGCUGAGGGGUGUCCGCACCCAGGACGAGGGUGUCUACCUCUGCCACAUCACCUCAGAGCUGGGCAAGACGUCUGAACGCAGGGAGCUGAGAGUGGGAGCCCCGUUCAGCGAGCCCCAGCUGACCUUCAGCCUCUCCAGCGCCGGGGUCAUGCUGACCGUCCACACGGGGGGCGGGUACCCCAUGGCCACGGUGCAGUGGCUGGACGAGGCAGGCAGGGACGUCACAGCAGAAGGUGCCACGGACCAGCAGGUGGAUGAACAGGGGCUCUACCACGUCACCAGCUGGGUCACGGUGCCGCCUGCGACCCACAGCGCCAGGCUGACCUUCAUGUUAACCCCUCGUGUGCUGGGGGCACCAAUCACCUGGCCCCUGAGCCUGCAGCUGAGCCCAGGACUCCUGGGUCCCCCGGCCUCCUGCCUUGGGGUCCGCCUGGCUGUCAUCUGUGCCGCCUGCCUCUUCAUUGUCCUGCUGGCUGCUGCGUUUCUCUACCGUCUCCGCCAGGGCCCGGCUGGAUCCCGCUCCUGGAGGAAGGCGGAGGAGGAGGAGGAGGAGCAGAAAGAGAUCUCUUGCCCAAUCCCAGCCAGCCCCACCGGCCGCGAGCAGCCAGCCAGGGCUCGGCUGGGGCAGAGCUAGAGCCACCAUGAGCAAGAUCUAGCACCACCCAGGCUCCAUCAUCUCCCGGCAACUGAACCCCAGGGGAGCCAGGACAAUCCCACUGUCCCAGCUCUACCAUCCGGCCGUGCCGCUACGCCUGGUGCCCUUGACCUUGGCCAAGAGUUGGGGGACCCACAUCAUCCUCUAGCAGCAUCACCGCAGGGUCUCUGGCCUUCACCCUCUGCCCUAAGAAUCACGCUCCAUCCAGGACCUUUGUUUUCCAUCCAGGGCCCCCAAAGCGACGCGCCCUCCCCCCGCCCCUGGCAACACCCCUCCUGGGAAUGGAGAGAGAGCUGCAGCCCCAGGCAUGAGAUGAGUGAAUGAACCCAGCUGGGCUGCGGCAGAGCUGCCGGACUGGCCAGCUCGCGGGUUGGCGGAUGAGCCAGGGUUCUGCGUGUCAGCCCAGCGGCAGGUCCCUGCUGCCCAGUGCUUGUGGCCGCAGCUGUGAUCACUCCUCUGCCUGCCUUGGUCCGGCUCCCGCCCUGCUCUCGUGCCCGGCUUCUGACCCCUGGCUCCGGUUAUUGGCUUGGCUUCGGCUUUUAAUCUUGGUGGAUUCCUAGUUGCAGCUUUGGCCUAUGGCGUUGGCUUGGACCUGGCUCUAACCACUAGGUCAGAUGGCCCAUGUCCCGCCCCUGACACCGGGUGUUACUCUCCAGGCUAACCGCAGCCGGCACUGGUGCAAUCUCUUCUCUAGCUGUCCCUCUUUGGCUCCCUCCCCCGCACAUACAGCACCUUCUUCAUCAGCCGUCCCAGUCUGUGCUGCAUUCUCAUCCUGGGACGGGAUCACUGUCCUCUCGUCUUGCAUCGUGUACAGGUUCCUGUAACGCCCUCAUCACUACAGUAGCUGAGUGUCUGCCAAGUCGAUCACUACACACCACGGUUACGCAUCUGUCAGGUGCUGUUUGUUCUCCCAGCCUCUCCCCAGAAGUGAGUGCACUGGAGGCUCUUGUUUUGGUUGGGUGUCCUUUUUGGUUACUGGAAAUAGACCUGUUGCUCUGUGUUUACGUUGGAGAAGGCAGGCCCAAGAGCCCUGGGAGCAGACAGUGGUGAGGUUUCUAAUGUGCCUUAGUCACAGUGGCAGGCAGUUCCGCAGUCUCAGACCGCGCCUGGAGAAGGUUCUGGCUCCCGCACAGAUGAGCUUGACUCCUCUGGCUGAGAACCGCGCCAGCCAGAACAGCAGAGCUGUUGACCACAGGCUGCACCCCCGAGCUUUACAUGGGCUGUUGGAUAGGCUGGGCCUAGGCCAGGAAGUGCUGUGAAGAUAACGACCGGUCACUAUUCUGUGGGAAGCCAGCGUAGGGAGCAGAGCAAAGGUGGGAUGUGCUCGUGGCAGCUUGUGCGGCUGAGGAGACGCGCUGCAGCGUUUGGUAUUCGUCGCAGUCCCUGUGUGCUGGAGGCCUCCCGCCCGGGCCCAUCGUGCUGCUGUCGUCUAGCCGGGAGGUGCCGAAGGUGGGGAGCACAGGUCGUCACCUGCCAGCACGGACGGAGCCUCCUAGCCAGCCGGAGAUGGCAGAAAGCGCCACGCGUGGCCCUGGGGAUGUGAGAGCCCAGCGUCAGCGAGGAAUCCCGGGGCGCUCCUGGACUAUGGGCUGGACUCGCCGGUGGGGGACGUGAACCUUCCAUCAAAGGCGGCUGCUGCGGGCUGCGAAUGUCCCUGAGUGCUCUCCUCUGCCCGCCUUGCUCGGGGGUCAGCGCCAGCCAGCUGCUCCCGUCCCAGAGCUGAGCUCGCCCGGCACGGGGCCAUCGGGGGGGGCGGUGAAGGACGGGUCGAGCUGGGUGUCACCCGCUGGUUGCUGGCGCUUGAGUCUGUGGUGUCUGACCAGCUCCCCGGGUAGCUGCAUGGUGUCGAAACGGACCAGAGAGAGAACUGAUCCUGGCGGAGCCGCUCUAGCCAGGGCUCUGGGGCGGAGGAGCCGUUCCCCGUCGCUACUCAUUGGGCGUGUCCGUUGAGCAAUGGCGCAAGUAGAGAUAAUUUCUUGCUGGUACGCUGCACUCAUGGGAGGGACACAAAGCGGGUGGCAUGUGACCUCCUUGUGACACCCCCCUGUGACUCCUUCCUGCCCCAGCCCCCAGCCCUGGCUCUCUGUGUCCCUUCCCCCGAUCCACAUCUAUCCCACGUUACAUGUGGGGGAGGGGACUCUCUUCUCCUCCCGCUGCGCCAGAGGUUUCUGCUGGACUGACCCCAGGCUGGAGGACUCAGGAGACACAGCUGUGUGGACGGGCUGGGGGUGGUACAGCCGUGCCGGAGAAGCUCUGGCGUGGGGCUGCCCUGCCCUUUUGCCACUGUGGUUCCCGGGGGAGCCUUGAACUGCCGGGCUCUCCUGGGAGCCGCAGCGGCGAAAGGAGCAGAACAUGGGGCCGCCGGGCUGUACCGCCCCCAGCUCUGUCCUCCGGCAGGGCUGCUGUACAGACCCCAGGCAGGACUCAGGAGACGCAGCUGAGUGGAAGGGCUGGGGACAGGCUCCUCCUGUGUCUCUGUGGUACGCUGAACCGGCUAUAAAUAUCU